UUUCACGCUUCCUUCACAGACCAGCAAAUCGUCCCACCAGUAGUAAACUCUUUGGAGCUAAAGUCCUCCCCUGCUGAAGACCUGUCCCAGUACAUCAUCAGACCGCUAGAUGUCGCUGCCAGUGCUCAGGGUUAUAAGGAAACUGUCUGCCAUGAUGGCUUCUGCUGCGAAUUCUAUGUGAAGAUGGCAUUUGAUGGGCCCAAAGAAGACGUGAACUACGGCUUGGCAGCGUUCAACGGCGUCCGCCAUUUUGACCACACUCACAACAUCGGCUCGCAGACUUGCGCCGUAUUCGCUUGCGCUGGCUUGUACAAACGAAGCUGUUCUCUUGGGUCUCAAAACAGUACAAACGUAAAGUUCGAGAAUAUCUCCAUCACCGCUAACUUUACCGAAACCAUACAAUACCCCAUUAUAUUGACGACAGGCUCUAAAAUUGAGCCUGAAGCCUUCAAAAUGGCCGCCAACAGUAAACAGGUGACUUUAGAAGUUACAAAUGCAGACAACUUGCUAACUUUCGGCAUUUUCGGCAGAGAUUUCUCGAAAGACUCGAAGAAUUUCGUCCUAAACGAUUCUGGAUCGAUUUACGAUACGAUAAAUGAAGAAAUGACGGAGUUAUUCGAUUAUCUUUGGAUCAGAUUGAGGGUAGUUCUUAUUAUCGCCUCCAUUUAUGUAUUGGAGAUGUUGUAAGCUAUUUUUUCUUAUAGUGCAUUUAUUGUGGAAUGACGCUUAUGUGAGUCUUCAUUCAAGAAUGGAUUUAAAUGUUAUUAAAUUUGAAUUGAGUUUUGAGCGUCGUUUUAAAUUAUGAAAAUACGUGCCAGAUUCAGGGCCGUAUUAAAACACUUAAAACUUGUGUCCGAUAUUUGUGUAUCGUCCUGUAACGCACAUAAAUGUGUUUUUAAAACUUGAUUGCUUUGAUCAGAGGCAUUACUGAUUAAUCUGUUUAAUCAAGAUAUCGAAAAUAAUUUAUCGUUUAAAUUACUUGCUCAAGUAAAAAUUUUGUGUUCCACUUUGUCACACACAUUAGAAACACAUGUUGUCUAAUGUUCUAAUCUUUAGUUGUUAUUAUGUUUUAAUACAUUAAUAUUUGUACCAGUUACAAAGUUAAUAUUAUGCUGUUUAAAAUUUGUAAAUUGAAUGUGGUGGUUAUAAAAACUAAAUAAAUCCCACCGUAUAAUUGCCAUCAUGAUUUGCUGAAAAAUGCGUUCAAUUUUAGUUUCAUCUACUUAAAAUAACUUUUAA